AUGCCAGAAGAAAGACCAUUAACCUUUCUAGAUUCUCAUUCACUUUCUACUCAAAUCGAUCAUAGAAAUCUUAAUCAGUUUGAAUCACUUUCAAAUCCAAUCAACUCAAUCAAAAUACCAAGAAAACUUUCAACUUUUCAUUCAUCACAACAACAACAACAACAACACAACAACACUUCAUCUAUUCCUAUCUUACAUUCUCACUCAGCUUCUCACACUCAUCAUCUUUCAAUCUCUGAUUCAGAAUCAAACAUCAAUUCAUCUACUCUCUCUAAUCGACGCGCCCGUUCUGCUGAACCUGUCAAUCCUGAUAGAUCUACUGACCAAGCUAUCCAAGCUAGCUCUCCGCAAAUUAAUAGUCCAAGAAGUCUGGUACGCAAUAUUGCUUAUAUCACCUCAGAUUUGAUCACUAACAGUCUGUCUAUCCAGAAACCUGAUCACCAACUCCAUCAAUCUAGUCAUCUCAAGAAAUCAAUGGCUGAGGAAACCCAUCCUAGGCCUACAAUGCAUCCUCCGCCUCGACCUACCACUUGUGAAUCAGCACACAAGAAAUCAGAUCAUUCUAGUCCAUCCAAAUUCACUCCUGGAAGGACUGAUUCUCUUACUCGCAUCUCAAAUCAUUCGCCAUCUUUUUCCAACCCACUCCCACCGAUCCUUUCGGCCCCCGAGCAUCUUCAAUCUCAUCCUCUUCUUCGCUCACAGAGGAGUGGUAGUUCAAUCUCACCUCCACGUAAUCCUAUCACGCUCUGUUCAUCGGAUUCCCCUUCACCCGUUAGCUUCACAUCACACUCAGUACCACUUGAUCAUUCUUCACCUACUCCAUCUGCUCCUACUCAAGUACCAUCAAAUCCACUUUCUAGAAUCAGAACGGCUCUUACACCACCCCCAUUUCAAUCACCGGUUCGAACUCCACUCACUUGUACCUCUCAAUCAAGUGUCUCCAAACUCUUACAUUCUUCAAAUUCAUAUGCUUUCACAAAUGAGCGCGCUCAGUCUAAAGCAGAAACAAAUACAUUGACCUCACCCAAGACUGAUUUGAAGCACUCACCCAAUCCUCAACCUAGCUCACUUCUUCGAUCACCCCUCAGUUCAGCUCGACCUUCACCAUCAAAACUCUUACCUUCUAGUUCUCAAGCUACUAAUACCGAUCGACCUACCUUUUCACCUUUAGCCAUCUCACCUUUAGCAACCUCAUCCCAAUCUGAUUCUAACUCAGGAGGCAUGAAUGAUAAACCAACCUAUAGUUAUGCAGCUUUGAUUGGACAAGCCAUCAAUUGUUCUGAAUUUAAAAAAGUUUGUUUGAAUGAUAUCUAUGCCUAUAUUAUGCAUAAUUAUUCGUAUUAUCGUAAGGAUGAAGCAGGAUGGCAAAAUUCGAUUCGACAUAAUCUUUCGUUAAAUGAAAGUUUUAUUAAACUUCCACGUGGUCCAAACGAACCGGGUAAAGGAUCUUUUUGGGCUAUCGCACCGGGUGCAGAAGAUCAAUUUGUGAAUGGAGGAUUUAAGAAAAAGUCAAAUCCGAUCAGUACUCCUCAACAAGUGAAUCGUGAUCCGAGUCAAAGACGUGCUAAAGUGGCUCACGGUGGAUCGAGUGUGACGAAAAGGGUGAAAUCAAAUGAAGAAGAAUCUAUGAGAGCUGGUCCUUCUAGUCUUACAGCUACACCUACCAUCAAUAUCUCGGCUAAUACUAUCAAUCAUCAUCAUCCGAUCUCAUCGGCGCCUCGUGUACCUGGCAUCCGAACCGUUAGUCAUGCUAAUUAUUGUCGUAGUCAACAAUCUUCUACAACACUUUCUUCUAGUCCUCAAUACGCUUCAUCACCUAAUCGAACGGGAUAUCAUCAUUCGCCUACUGAAGAUCUGAUGACAGUUACCAUGUCACGUGUGAAAGUAGGAGGGAUCAGACAUGCUUCUUCUUCUGCUACUGCUUCUUCAUCACCAUGGAAUGGUACUAAAGAAUCAGGUUUGUAUAAACGGUCUCAAGGUUUAUUGGUCGAACAGGAUAAAUGGGGAACUAGAAAUCGAGAAACGUCUUCUGUUCAUCGAACUAGUUUGGAUCUUCAUCAUCCUCAUCAUCAACCUGGACCAAGCGGUCAACCAAUACAAUCACCUUCUUCAUCAACAUCAUUAUCGAAUCCUUUGAGGUAUCCUGCUUCGUUAUCUUUAGGUCAUAAGAAAAGAAGAGUUGGUGAAGGAGAUAUGGGUUCUUCACCUGGAUCAUUGAGGAGUAUUAGUUCAAUCAACGAAAGUUUAGUAUUUUCAAAACCAAUCUUAGAUGAAACCGAUCAAACAUUUGGAAGACCGAUCGAAAGAAACAUGCCUGGAACGGGAACCAGAAAAUAUAGUUUACCAGCUCUACCAUUGAUAAAGAGAACAAGACCAGAAGAAUUGAUGAUGAUGGGACUAGGAGGGGAAAAGGAGGAAAGAAGAGAAGAAGAGAGUUUGAGAUUAGCACCGAUUAUUGGAGGGAUUAUAGAUGAUCAAGAAUUGGAAAAGAAGAGGAAUGGGGGGAACGGGAGGAAUGGGAUUGGGAUUGGGAGGAAUGGGAUUGGGAAUGGGGGUAAGGAGAUUAGGUUGAGCUCUGUGAAGGAGAUUUUGAGCUCGGCUAAGCAUCCGUUUAAGUCGAACUUUUUUGGGAUGGGAAUGGGAGUUGGGAUGGGAAUGGGAGUAGGGAUGGGAAUGGGAGUAGGGAUGGGAAUGGGAAUGGGCAUGGGGAUGGGAGUUGGGUUGGGAGUAGGGAUGAAGAAUAAAGGUUUGGAAACUCCGGUUAGUUCUUUUAGGUCUACUGUUCUUAAUCAUCAAGAUCAAGAUCAUGAUCAUGAUCAAAAUAGUGAUUCAAGAGGCAGUAGGGAUGAGGAUAGGGAUAGGGAUGAGGAGAGAGAUAGGGAUGAGGGUGAAGGGAAUGGAGUGAUAGAAGAAAAGAAUGAAGUGGCAGAAGAAAGGAAUGAAGUGGAAGGAGAAAGGAAUGUAGUGGAAGAAGAUGAGGAUGAAGUUGAAAUUGAUGAGAUUGAGGAUUAA